GCAGGCCAUGUAUUGAGCUGUUGUGGGCGGCUCUCGAGGAUGGCCUUUGUUUGUGUGUUUUGGUUGGGGGUGACUGCUGGGUUUCUGUCAAAGAGCCUCUGUGCAGCGCCCUGAAUUGCGUCCGUGGUGGAAAAUUCUCAUUUGGGAUUUGAGUACACAUGGUCUGAAAACCUGGCAGUCCACACUUGAUCAGUGACUUCAGCUCCCUCUCACUUCACAAACAGCAGGUUUACACAUUCAACACACACUGACAGUAGUCUGGGCUCUGUCAGCCAAUCACAGCACAGAGGAGACACCCCCCUGCAGUGGGCGGGAGUGCUGCUGAAGCACAACUCUGUUUCAGGACACACAAGUUUGAGUUGGUGGUUUGGACAACUUUUAGGCUUGCCCAUUUUAUUGUAUACAUUGACUAAUAGAUUUUUUUUCUGGUGAGUUCAAAAUGGCUGAACUUGUGAGAAUACGAAGGAAACGGCUACAGGUGCCCAUCUCUAGGCUAAGAAGUAUGCUGAAGCAGCUUGAAGAGAAAGAGGUCAACUUUGAGGAAAUUAAAAAUAACUUGGAUAUUACAGCAUCACUGCUCGAGGCAGUGUACCUCGAUGGAACGAGGCAGUGUCUAGAGUCAGAGGACGAUUUGCAGCAGUUGCAGUCCGAUGGGGUUCCUUCCGAAGUCACAGACUGGCUGGCUUCCACCUUCACUCAGAAGAUCAGACGUCCCCUUAGAAGAUCAGAUGAGAAACCCAAGUUUCGCAGCAUUGUUCAUGCAGUCCAGGCAGGCAUAUUUGUUGAGAGGAUGUUCAAGAGGUCCUACACGGCAGCCCUCCCAGACCAGCCUUCAGCGGUCGUAAACUGCCUCAGGGACGUGGACCGCUGGAGUUUUGACGUGUUUGCCCUGAGCACAGCCAGUUCAGAUCACGCACUACAUACAAUCGUCUUUGAGCUCAUCGCCAGAUAUGACCUCAACAACAGAUUUAAGAUCCCCAUCUCCAGUCUGACGGAGUUCCUGUCUGCUUUGGAGAGAGGAUACUGUAAACACAACAAUCCGUACCAUAACCACAUGCACGCCGCUGAUGUGACCCAAACCCUCCACUGUCUGCUACUGCGCUCUGGACUCGUGCACUGGUUGACGGAGCUUGAAGUAAUGGCAUCUUUAUUUGCUGCAGCAAUCCAUGACUUCGAACACACAGGAACAACAAACAACUUUCACGUCCACACAAAGUCGGAAUUUGCACUUAUCUACAAUGACCGGUCUGUACAAGAAAGCCACCACCUCAGCGCGGCGUUUCGUCUCCUGCAGAAUGACAACAUGAAUAUAUUUUUAAAUUUAACACGAGAAGAAUGGAUGGAGAUGCGAGCUCUGGUCAUAGAGAUGGUUUUGGCAACUGACAUGUCCUCCCACCUGCUCCAAGUCAAAGCCAUGAAGUCUUGUCUACAGCAACAGGAGCGGAUAGACAAGGCCAAAGCACUUUCUCUGCUGCUUCACACUGCUGAUAUCAGCCAUCCAUCUAAACCCUGGGCGCUGCAUUCUCGCUGGACAAAAGCCCUUAUGGAGGAGUUUUUCAGGCAGGGUGACAGAGAGGCAGAGCUCGGCCUGCCCUUCUCUCCACUGUGUGACCGCAAAACCACACUAGUGGCUGACUCACAGAUUGGUUUCAUAGAUUUUAUAGUGUACCCCUCAUUCUCUCUACUGACCGACAUGGCGGAAAAGAUUGUCAUUCCUUUAGUGGAGGAGAAUCCCGGGCCCCCAGAUCCCUGCAAUAGGCACAGUAAUUUGUGGAAGGAGAGCUCCAGAGGGCUGCAGUGGAGCCUGGCUCACAUCACAGCAGAACUGGUCAGCUUCCGCUCCACUUGGACAAGGCACACUGAAGACAACAAGCUCAAAUGGAAAGAGAGUGCCUCCAAUGGAUUUCCAGAUGCCAGUGUGACAAGAGAUGAGAAAAGUCAGCAAGAUCAAUCAGGAAACACUUUACAGAGUUUGUCUACAACAACACAGUAGAUUUUUAUAGUUGUAAUGCAAGGAAGACCCACCUAAACAUAGAUGUGUUUAUAAUCAGAGGUGGGUAGUACUCAGUCACAUAUACCCAGUUACAUUUACUUGAAGAAAUUAUUCUUUUCAAAGUAGUUUUCUCAUACCACAGUUUUUUUCGGUGUAAUAGUACUUGAGAAAAAGUUUGAACAUUUGUGCAUUUGAAUAUUUGAACAAUUGUGCUUCUUAUACCAUAGCUUCAGAUAUGAUUCGUUUUUAGUCCUUUCUUUUAUUCUUUUUUUUUUUUGUCCCAGCAAUAUAACUCAUAACACACAUAUCUGUUUCUCCAAGUACUUUUUUAAAAUUAUUAUUAUUUUGGAUACUCAUUUUUUGGUCAUUCAUUGACAGUACAAAUUUUGUUUACUUUACCCACCUCUGUUUAUAAUAAAACCAUUACAUAUAUACUGUAGACUUUUUGCUAACACAAUGUUGAUCUAAGAGGUAAUAGUUGUAAAGAUGUCAUGUCUUAUGUUUAUAAUAUAAAUGUUAAUUUAAACAGUGUACAUGCUGGCCAUGUUUUACAGUGAUAGUGCUUAUUAUAUUUGACAACUUGUAAAUGUAAUCUUUUUAGGACAUGCACAAGGAAAUAACUAAGCAAUAA